GUGUACGGAUCGACGCCACGUGUUUUCCUUGAUCAGUUUGAAUUGCGUAUUUUAUUUUGUUUACAGUUUACAAUGGAAAAUAGCGAAUGCAUAAAUACUCUCCAACAUUCACUAAUGGGUAUGCAAGAGCAGAUAGCUGCCCUUGAAACUAAGUUGAAGAAUAACGAAAAAACCAAUAGCAACAAGGACAAUAACGACAACAGCAACAACAACGGCACCAGUAAUAACAACGGCAACAAUAACCAGAAAAAUAACAAGAGAAAUAAGAAGAACAAUAACAACAACCGCGGAAAAUGCGAAAAAAUAGAAAAAAAUCUACAGCAACUGGUAAAAUUAGAGCACCGUAUGAUCGCGUUAGUGCGUGCCACUAAGCGCGAUGUCCAGAACAGCCACAUUGCUGGACACAGAGCUGUCAUGUACGUCCAGCAAAUCAAAGACUGCCUCUACCGUCUCGGUAGAAAAGCUACACAUUGAAAAUGUUAUAUUAAUGUUAAUGCCUUUAUUAUCUAAGAAUACAAAUACUCAAAUAACAAUGAUAC